AUGCACAUACCAAUAGUGGUGCUGGUAAAUGGUUUCUCAUGCAAGGACAUCAACGAGGUUCAAGCUAAUGACUUCUUCUCAAGCGGACUCAACACACUAAGUGAAUUCAAUCCAUAUGGAGCAGCAUUAGCGUGGGCGACAGUGAAUGAAAUCCCUGGACUCAACACCCUCGGCCUCUCAAUGGUGCUUGCCUUCUUUGUGCAAGGGGGCAUCUUCCCACCCCACACAAACCGAGCGGACGAGCUAGUGUUUGUCUUGGAAGGAACCGUCGAAGUGGGCUUCGUUACACCCUUUCCCGAUGACCGUCUCAUUUCAAAAGUGCUUCAUCAGGGUGAGCUGUUUGCAGUUCCGUCUGGUGUCAUCCACUACCAGAAAAAUCAAGGAACCACAAACGCCACUGUCCUAGUUGCUCAUAGCAGCCAAGACAUUGCGCCCGUCAUGGUUGCAGAAGCGAUGUUUGGGUCCGACUUAAAACUCAAGAAGGAUAUUCUUGCAAAAGCUCUCCAUGUGGAUGAGGGAAUCAUUGCUGCAAUUGCAUCCAUGUUCUAG